AUGAGCAAAGAGCCUAAAUUACCAAGACAACCAAAUACACAGAAAAAAGUUGCUUCAAUUAAUGAUCCAUCAGUUGCAAAGGAUCUUAAUCCUAUUCGUUGUACAAUAAUUGAAGAUGGAGUAUGUAAAGAAAAAGAAUAUGAAAAAGUAAAAUUAUUAGGAAGAGGUGGUUUUGGAACAGUAUUUAAAGUAAUUGAAAAAGGUACUAAUAAAGAAUAUGCAGCUAAAGUUAUUCGUAAAGAACCAUUAAAAGGAGUGUUUUUAACAAAACUUAAAAGUGAAAUUGAAAUACAUAAUUCAUUAGAUAAUUGUAGAAUAGUAAAAUUACAAGAUGUAUUUGAAGAUAAUAAAUAUGUAUAUAUUUUACUUAACUUAUGUAAUCAAGAAACAUUAAAAGAAGUAUUAGUUAAAAGAAAGAAAUUACAUGAACCAGAAAUAGCAUAUUGGAUGAAACAAGUAUUAGAAGGAAUAGUAUAUCUUCAUAGUUGUAAAAUUAUUCAUAGAGACUUAAAAUUAGCUAAUAUUUUUAUUCAUAAUAUGAAUGUUAAAAUUGGUGACUUUGGUUUAGCUGCUAGAAUAGAUCAAGAACAUAAAAAUAGAAUGACUAUGUGUGGUACUCCAACAUCAAUGGCACCUGAAAUUAUUGCAAAAACUGGUCAUUCAUAUCAAGUAGAUAUUUGGGCAUUUGGUGUUAUGUUAUAUUAUUUAAAAUUUGGAAUUACUCCUUUUAAUUCUUCAACAAGAGAAGUUGUAUAUAAAAGAAUUGAAAAAUGUGAGUUUUCUUUUCCAAAACGUCCUAUUUCUGAUACAUUAGUAAAAUUAAUUAGUGCUUUAUUACAAAAAGAUUCUUCUUUACGUCCAAGUGCAUCAGAAAUAUUAGAAUAUUCAUUUUUUGCACCAAACAGAGUUCCAAAUAGUUUACCUGUAGAAGCCUUAUCAAAAGAUAUUGAUUGUACAAUGUUAGAGUUUGGAGGAAGUGGUAUAAAUGAUAUAAAUUCUAUUCAUGACAAUCCAAGUGAAUCUAUUAUUGCAUCACUUAAAAUGAUUUUAUCUAAAAGACCAGCAGAAAAUGCAUGUAUUAUUUCAGGGUCAGAAUAUAAUUAUAUUGUUGAUUAUCUAGAUAAAACAGAUAAGUACGGUGUAUUAUAUAUGUUAGAUGAUGGAACUAUUGCAGCUAAUUUUAAUGAUAGUACUUCUAUGUUUAUGAGUAAUGGAUUUUAUACUUAUUUUGCUAGAGAUAUGAGUAGACUAGAUAUUGAAGCACAAAAAAUUGAUUCACAAGUUCAUGACGUUAAUAAAAAAUGUCGUAUUAUUAAUGGAUUUUGUAAACAACUAAAAGGAGGUAAUCCAGAAAAAACUGGAUUAAAAACUUGUCUUGUUCGUAAGUUUAUUGUAAGAGAAGACUUUAAUGUAUUUUUAUUUACAGACAACUCACUUCAAGUUUUCUUUACUGGAACAAAUCCAAUAUCAUAUUUUGUUGACCCGUAUAAUAUGAUAUUAACAAUUCUUAAAAGUUCUAAUGAAAAAUAUACAUGUGCUGUUGAUUGUCAUAAAGCUAUGUUAUGGGAUUCUGAUGCAUCUCAACAUUUCAGUCUUUUAGAUUUAUUAUUACAAGAAUUCUCUAAUAAAAUUGAAAUGGUGUAA